AUGGCCGCUCCCGCCGCGGCGCUGCCGGGAAAUGCAGUCCCGGCCCCGCUCCGCCCCGGGCCCGCCCCGCCGCACCGCGCCGCCCGCCCGGGGCACAGCGCGCUGGAACUGCCGCUGCAAACGGCACCGGGAGCGGUCACGGCCGGGCUGGAUGGGGAGCGACCUGCCCUAGCGGGGGGCAUCAGCACCCAUGGCACCGGAGUAACGGGAAAGCCCCGACGGCGAGAGGCUGCGCUGGAGGGAGGCGCCCGCUGCGCCCCCGCGGAGGCAGCGCGGCGGGGAGGGGGCGCGGGGGCGGCGUGCCAAUGGCUGCGCUGCCCCCUCCUCUGCCCCCACCCCGCCGCCGGCCCCUCCGCCUCCCCGGCCGACCCUCCUCCCCGGCGCUCACUCCGCGCCGCCAGCGCCCAGCGUGCGGCUCCGGAGCGGCCCGGCCCGGCCCCGCGCUCCGCCGGCUCCGCGCUGGGAGCCAGCAGGUCUCCGGGCAGCGCGGAGGAUGCGCACGCCCCGGCGGAGAGCGGCGCCGAGGACGCGGGGCAGGAGCGCGACGAGGAGGAGCCGAGCGGGGACGGGAGCGGGACCGCGAGCCCGCCGGGGCCGGAGGAGCCGGGAUCGCCGCGGAGCGCCCGGCGGCGGCGGGCAGAGCCGGGCUGCGGGAAACCGCGGCGGGCGCGCACCGCCUUCACCUACGAGCAGCUGGUGGCCCUGGAGAACAAGUUCCGAGCCACGCGGUACCUGUCGGUGUGCGAGCGCCUCAGCCUGGCGCUGUCCCUCAGCCUCACCGAGACGCAGGUGAAGAUCUGGUUCCAGAACCGCCGCACCAAGUGGAAGAAGCAGCACCCGGGCGCCGACGGGGCGGCUCCCGCAGCAUCCCCCGCGGCGGCGGCGAGCGGCGGCAGCCCCAGCCCGCCGGGCCCCGCCGCUCUGCCCUUCCAGACUUUCCCUUCCUACGCCGCCGCCAACGUGCUGGUGCCGCCGGCCGCCCCCUUCCCGCUGGGCGCCGGCCCCUUCGCCCCCUUCCUGGGCCCCGCGUACCUCGGCCCCUUCUACGCCCCUCACCUCUGA